GAAGGUUUUGGCGUUGUCGAUGAGGAAACCAUUCAGGAGCUCAGUUAUGAAAAAAGUGGAAAAAUUAAUAAAAAUGGUUCAAAAGUAGGCACGUCGCAUCAGUUCGAUCUGGAUAUUCCCGAAACAUUCUGA